AGCGCGCAAACAUAGCAGCUUCCUUGUUGUUAUUGCUCAAAGUCCCUGUGGUUCGAACAUGGCGGAGGGGGCCAACCAUCAUUUAGAAGUAGAGCCUAUCGCCAACCGCUGGCUUCUAGAUCAUUAUAUAUCGCUUGCGUUUCAAUAUUUUCAUAAAGGUCAAUAUAAAGACUUUUCUGAAGUGAGACAAGUGGUUCAAAGUAUCAUGUCCCGUCCUGUGGCAACAAGUGAAGUGUUACCCAAAAAGAUUUUUGUAAUGCAGUUAAUCUCCCGCAUAAACGAGGGCGAAUCACUUGAUGUGACUUUUGAACAAGAGGGGUCACUCUGCCCGUUGGAAUCCGCCCUUGUGCAGUUGGAAGAUCUGUGUGGGACAAGUGAUGUUUCACAAAAUGACUUGGAAAAAGUUUGCAUUUUACUAAAGGAGAUGAUUGUGAAGCUUUUCAUCAAGAACGAAAAAUUUGACAAAGCAAAAGAAUUUCUCCGCCGUUUCCCGAAAUCACAGCUUGCCAAGAAAAAGAUUUUCAUGGAGCUCAUCAAUCUGAGAUGCAACAAGCAUAAACUUAUUGAGGAAAUGGACUUCAAACACUUAAAGGACCAGAUCGUGGCCUUCUGCCGGGAAUUCUGCCCAUUCUCUGUUAGCUUUCUUUACAAGGCUGCAAAGCAGCUCAUUGAUCAACUUGAACAGCAAAAGAAAAAGGACAUAACUGAUGAGCCAGAUAAAUGCGGCCCCUCCACUAGUGUGCAAGUCAACGCUGAGCUGCUGACAUGUGACGCUUCAAAUAUCCCAAAAGACCGACUGGAGAUUGCUUACCAGGCUUUGGCUGCACCUGGUGACAUAACAUUUUCUCAUCUGGAGGAAGAAGUUGAAAAUCAAGACACAACUGUAAAUACUGACGAGGACGACAUGUGUGGAAACCAAGAGAGCGAAGAGCUUUUCCAGAGGAACUCAGGCAGCCCCCUUGAAGCUGCCCCGGCCGCCCCUCUUACUCAAACAGAUGCCCCCCCUCAAUCCAAAACCGCUUCAACGCGAAGCGGAAAAGCGAAGAAGAAACAGAAACGUUACAACAUGUCAAGGAUGGUGUUGGAGUCGGACAGUCAGGGCAGCGUGUCGUCUGCUGUCUCUCAGGAGCAAGAGGCAAGAACAGAUGAGCCGGCGCUGUCCCAAUCAUUGCUGUUUCAAACCCUUGAAAGUGACAUGGAGGUCGUCCCGCUGAGGAGACUUCGAUCAGUUACGUUGGCAAAGAACAGUGAUGUUGAGUCAUCUCUACAACUUGAGGAACAAUUGUCUAACUUGGUAUCUGGCAAGCAAGUCUCUCAAGGAACAAGUCGUAAUCGGGCUUUGUCAUCUGGUGAUGUUGCGUCAUCUUUACAACGUAAGGAGAUAUCAUCUAGCUCAACUUCUGGCAAGCAAGUCUCACAAGGAACACCUCGUAAGCAGGCUUCGCCAUCUGCAAAGAGCACCGAAUCAGAAGAUUCAUCAUCCGACAGUAGUGACAUGGUGCAGGAUACUCCAGUGAGCAGUCAAGCAAAAACAUGUGCCAGCUAUCCUCCGAGCAAAUUUACGGGAAAUAGAGGUGACAUCAUCAUCCCAGACUCAUCAUUGGAUAACUCGCCGCCUUUGAAUCCUCAGUUGCGUACCCCUCCAAAAAGUUCUACGCCCAAGAACCGCUCCCAUGCAAAAUGGAAGGAGCUGUGCAACCAAGCCAAGGAGACCAAAGCCACUUGGGGUGAAGAAGUGGAACUUUUCGAUGAAACAAUUAACAUGAGUCCACCAUCAGGGAUCAAGAAGAGGAUGUGGACAGAAGAGGAAAGCCAGAAGCUCAAGGAGGGAGUCAAAAAAUUCGGAGAGGGCAACUGGACUAAAAUUAAGUCGUAUUACCGCUUCAGAGACAGGACAAAUGUCCACUUAAAAGAUAGAUGGAGAACAAUGAAGAAACUGAACAUGGUUUGAGUUUAUUUUAACUAUGCAACUUCCAAGUUUUCUUUACUUUUUGUAUUCCACAAACGUGUUAGUCUGUUGAAUAGAUGUUGAGUUCCUCAAAUGUAGCUAUUGUUUGUUGAAUAAAUGUUAAAUAAUGUUGUCUUUGUAA